AGAGGCAAGACAGUACAGUAUUGCUGUUGUUGCGGGUCGACAAACAGCUGGUCUUCGAGUGUCCGUCCCCGUCUCCCGAGGCUACCCGUGCAUACCUUUAAAAAAAAAUUUUUUUAACUCCCGUCCCGGCAGGUGUACCGUGGGCCUGAUUGUGUGUCUUUAGCAUACCGUUCUUCAAGUCCUUGUGUUCCAUUUUAGUUAAAAAAAGGAAAAAAAGAACUUGGAUAUGGAGAUUGCAAGAGUGAAUAUCAUUGCACGCAUACUCCUGCUGUUUCAAAUUCCUGCUGCAUUCUUGCACACAGUUGUGUCAGGGCAGAACGGCGGGGAGAGCGUCGUGGUGGCCGUGUACAACAUCAGCGCCCCCACUGGCUCGGAGGCCGUACUGCAGUGCCACAGCCAGCGCAUGGUGUGGACCCAGGACCGGCUGAAGGACCGCCAGCGCGUGGUGCACUGGGACCUGUUUCGGAGCCCGCCCGACUUCGCCAUGGAGAGGCUGCUGGACAUGUUCUCGGCGGGAGACCAGCGAAUCUACAACGGCUACAACAAGGAUCGCGUCAGCAUGUCCAAGACCGCCUUCGAUGACGGCAACUUCUCCCUGGUCAUUAAGGAUGUGUCGACGAGUGACAGAGGCAUCUAUUCCUGUAACCUGCAUCACCACUACUGUCACCUGUACGAGACCACUAAGGUGCAGCUGAACGUUACCAAAUCACCUCGCAAGGAGCGGCGCUUCUGGGACGGGGAGAAGGCGGUGUUCGUGGCGCUGGCGGGGAGCACGGUGGCGCUGCCCUGCGUGAACCGGCGGCCGGUAUGGACCGAGUCGCACGGCGAGGAGGACCAGCAGGUGGUGCACUGGGACCGGCAGCUCCCGGGGGUCCGGCACGACCGCGCCGACCGGCUGAUCGACCUGUACGCGUCCGGCGAGCGCCGGCAGUACGGCCCGCUCUUCCUCCGGCGCAAGAUGAACAUCACGGGCGACGCCUUCUCGCGCGGCGACUUCUCCCUCACCAUCGCCGACCUGCGGCGGCCGGACCAGGGCGUGUACUCCUGCCACCUGCACCACCACUACUGCGGCCUGGACGAGAGGCGCAUCUUCCACCUCAGCGUGGGACCCCCCGCCCCCGCCGCCCCUGCCGCCCCCGCCGCCCCCGCGCUCCCGGACCUCACCGCCGCCCCCCACGUCCUUCCCAACGACGACCCGCACACUAAUGUGGUGGAGGUGCCCCACGUCAUCAACUUCAUCGUGCCCGAGCAUCGAGGUCACUUCCUGCAGCAGCUGGGCUACAUCCUGGCGACUGUCCUCAUGCUGGCCCUGAUCGCCAUCGGGCUCAUCCUGCUCAGCCGAAGAUGCAAGAAGAGAGCUCUUGAGUAUGAUCUGCGCAGAUCUGAGAGGGGGAACAUGACAACCAACGACUUUGAGAUGGGCGUUACAGAGCUCAAGAUGUGCAACCAGGAGGAGAUGAGGCGGGACUACAAAAACAACCUUCUGAAGGAGAAGGCCGAGAUGUGUAAACUGCCUUCCCCGAAGGUCAUCGACCUGGACAGAGAGAUGGAUAAAACUGCAUGGAAGUGAGGACCGGACCGGAACGCCACUGGCUGGCCCAGGGCACACUAAAAAAGAGGGGAGGGGAGAACGAAUGGAGAGUGGGGUGGGAGGGGUUUGCGUAAAGACUGUACGAAGGAGAGAGGGGAGAGCCCCCCAAAUUUCACUGUUUUACUGCACCAUCUGUGUGCCCAAGCCAAUCUUCCACCGCCUUCAUGCUGAUUCCCUGCAUGGACGGAAAGCCCUGACAUCCUCCAAACUUGCCUACUUUUCCCACAAAGCUAUCGGCAUUGCGCUAUUGCUAUUGAAACAUAUAUUGACAUAAGUGUAUAUCAAUGUAUGAUCGAAUAUGGUCCAAAAUGGAACAAAAAUAUUUUUUAAUAAUGACAAUAAUUUAUGUAUAUAUUAAUAGAUUUAAUAGAUUUUUUAAUACUAAACUUAAAAAAAAUGUUCAAAGGCAUUUCAUACAGCAUAUGGCAAUACUUGUUGCUAAAUGUGUAAAUUAGUUCCAUAUUCAUAUAUGAAAUAUCAGUAUAUUUCAGAUUUUAUUUUAGUUAAGUGGAUACAGUUUGACUAUAUUAGAAUGUAAGUAUAGGAUUACAUGUAUGAAAGCUGCUUGGCUGCUCUAUUUCUUUUACAGGGUCUCCUAAUAUAUGUUUAAAAUAUAUUCCUUUCACUGUAAAUGUAUGUUUUACGAUAUAUUGCUUUUUCCCUGUGUGCCAAGCAAUAUAUGGUAAAAUACGCCAUUGAAUUGUAUUCCUUUUUAUCUUUUUAAGGGCUGAUUUUGUCAUUCACUUUGUGUAAUAACAGUGGCUGCAUCUUGGAUCCAGCUGGGCUGAAAGUUUCCCAUCUGUGCUGUGUUACCUGAAUACAUGGCAGUGUUUGUAUGCUGUAAGGCAUGGCAGUGUUUGCAUACUGUAAGGCCAUUGUGGAACACAAAAUAGAAAUGAAAUCAUUAGGCAGAAGUGUGUUUCUUUAGAAUGUCACAGAUGGUCCAAAUGUUUCUAUUUCCUUUCAUAUAAUCCAUUUGUCUUGGUGUCCGUGCUUGGCUUGUUAGAUCAGUUAACUACAUUCAUACUUGCUGUUUUUCCUCAUGUGCUUCCUUACACAGAUAGGCGUCAACAAAUAACUUUUUUUUUUUAUCAAGCAAAUGCUGUAGACUUAAAUUUGACAUGCAGUAUACCGGCCUGCUUCUGCUGCUGGCUUUGAAAGCCGUCACAUUUGAUUUAUAGUUCAUCGUUCCCUCAAGCUGAAACGUCCGCCAGUUAAUGUACCAGGGAAAUAUACGACGAGAAUAUUAAUAACAGAGCUACGUGUGAAUGAAUGUUACAUUGCCUUUUAUUAUUUAUGUCCAGCUCAGGAACCGUUAAGUAUUGAGCUAGAAAGCUGGAUUCUUUUUGUUUUUCUUUUUUGCUCGUUUUAAUUUUUCUUUCUUCUUUUUCUCACUGGAGUAAUCGAGAGGUAGCUCGUUCGAUGCCAGGAGUGCUAAAUUGCAUCCUUGUAGCGCCUGAUCCAGUUUCCUAGCCACUGUGCAGCCCGGUGGUUCAUCAAAGCAGAUAAACACUGAUCUGAUAACACAGUGAUGUCACACAGGUGAAGACCUGCUUCCUCUUCUAUGCAGACACAGACUCCUCCUCUCUCCUUCAUGUUGCAGUUCCUGUUUUUUUUUUUAUCGCCAUCGUUUCUGUACUUUAAUUGUACUGCUCUUGUGUAUCCAUUAUUUGAAUGCUACUGUUCUCGUGGCGUCGUGAUUAUGGCUGGCACAGCACUUUUCUUUUAAAUAUUUGCCCAAAAAGGUACGACAGGCAGAUGUGCAACUUCCUCGCAGUCACGCAUCGGCAAGCCAAAGAUUACAGCAUGUGCUCGAGAAGCAGUAAAAGCAUUUGUCCUGCAACUCGGUGCACAGGAACUAAAAAACAUUUCCACAUAUUACCGUGGACCCCAGUUUGAGAAUCACUGUUCUAGAGGGCCAAGGGCUCUGUGGGCUAACCUGCAGGUCGGCUAACCUGAUUUAAUGAAUUUCCCAUUCACGACAGUGCUGGAGGCUGAGAGAGAGCCGGCAAGAUUACAGCUCCAUAGGUCUUACAUUACAUUACAUUGCAUUGCAUUGCGUAACGUUUAUUUGGCAAGCGCUUUUAUCCAAAGCGAUGUACAGUAAGUGCAUACCGAAGGUCAUUGGAACAACUACAAAACGCAGGUUCCGAUAAGGGCCAACGCUCCUCACGUUACAGCUAUCGAUAGCCGUGAUCAUCGAGACCAGUUCACACGGUAAGCGUAGGCUAGGACAGGUGUUUUGGAAAGCUCUGUAAUACAGUUUGUGCAAGGGUGGUGGUGGUGGUGGUGGUGGGAGUGUUCAGCGUAUGAAGAUGUUGUUUUGAGCAUCAAAGAAGGCAAUGAAACAAUGUGUUUAUGCAUUCCAAUAAAAGAACUGGAUUCUGCAA